AUGAACAACAUCCUGGAGAUUCUAUGGACCAUUCAUAUGGGUGCACAAGUUGCAACUUUCCUUUUCAACACUGGACGUAUCAUAAAAGCAGUAGAAAUCUUUAACGAAUGUUUGGUGCUCCUUAACGGCAACGCCCUACAAACAAUCAAAGAACGUACCACACCAAUUGUUAUCUAUGUAUACAAUAAACUUCUUGCUGGUUAUACUCUUAUGUACGAUCACACUAGUGCAAUAGAAUGUGGUAAAAAACUACACGUGGCACUACACAAUAGUGGCCAAAAUGAAGAAGAAGGGAUAAUAUUACUUAAACUAGCGAACAUCUGCUAUCAAAGAAGCAAAUACGAGGAAGCAAAACAGUUUUACGAGAAGGCACACAACAUCAUGAUUGAGACUGGAAGCAAUCGCGGAGUUGGAGUAUGUUACGGAAACCUAGGAACUGUGUUUCUUUCUCUUGGUCAAUAUACCAAAGCAGAAGAAUACCUUAAAAAAGCACUACUGAUCAGGAAAGAAAUCGGUGACAAAGAAGGACAAGCAUCAGAUUACGGAAAUCUAGGAACUGUGUUUUUAUCUGUUGGUCAAUAUACCAAAGCAGAAGAAUACCUUCAAAAAGCACUAGUGAUCAGGAAAGAAAUCGGUGACAAAAAAGGAGAAGCAUCAGAUUACGGAAAUCUAGGAGGUGUGUUUUUAUCUGUUGGUCAAUAUUCCAAGGCUGAAGAAUACCUUCAGAAAGCACUAGUGAUCAAAAAAGAAAUCGGUGACAAAAAAGGAGAAGCAGCUGCUUUCGGAAAUCUAGGAACUGUGUUCAAAUCUGUUGGUCAAUAUACCAAGGCUAAAUAUUACCUUCAGAAAGCACUACUGAUCGCACAAGAAAUCGGUGACAAAGAAGGAGAAGCAUCAAAUUGCGGAAAUCUAGGAACUGUGUCUUUAUCUGUUGGUCAAUACACCAAAGCAGAAGAAUACCUUCAAAAAGCACUAGUGAUCAGGAAAGAAAUCGGCGACAAAAAAGGAGAAGCAUCAGAUUACGGAAAUCUAGGAGGUGUGUUUUUAUCUGUUGGUCAAUAUGCCAAGGCUGAAGAAUACCUUCAGAAAGCACUAGUGAUCAAAAAAGAAAUCGGUGACAAAAAAGGAGAAGCAGCUGCUUACGGAAAUGUAGGAAAUGUGUUCCAAUCUCUUGGUGAAUAUACCAAGGCUAAAGAAUACCUUCAGAACGCACUAGUUAUCAGGAAAGAAAUUGGUGACAAACAAGGAGAAGCAUCAGAUUACGGAAAUCUAGGAGCGGUGUUUUCAUCUGUUGGUCAAUAUUCCAAGGCUGAAGAAUACCUUCAGAAAGCACUAGUGAUCAACAAAGAAAUCGGUGACAAAAAAGGAGAAGCAUCUGCUUACGGAAAUCUAGGAACUGUGUUCCAAUCUGUUGGUCAAUAUACCAGGGCUAAAGAUUACCUUCAGAAAGCACUACUGAUCAAACAAGAAAUCGGUGACAAAAAAGGAGAAGCAUCUGCUUACGGAAAUCUAGGAACUGUGUUUCUAUCUGUUGGUGAAUAUACCAAAGCAGAAGAAUACCUUCGAAAAGGAUUAGUGAUCAGGAAAGAAAUCGGUGACAAAGAAGGAGAAGCAGCAGAUUACGGAAAUCUAGGAACUGUGCUUUUAUCUGUUGGUCAAUAUACCAAAGCAGAAGAAUACCUUCAAAAAGCACUAGUAAUCCAAAAAGAAAUCGGUGACAAAAAAGGAGAAGCAUCGGCUUUCGGAAAUUUAGGAAGUGUGUUCCAAUCUGUUGGUCAAUAUACCAAGGCUGAAGAAUACCUUCAGAAAGCACUAGUGAUCAGGAAAGAAAUCGGUGACAAACAAGGAGAAGCAUCAGAUUACGGAAAUCUAGGAAGUGUAUUCCAAUCUGUUGGUCAAUAUACCAAGGCCGAAGAAUACCUUCAGAAUGCACUAGUGAUCAGGAAAGAAAUCGGUGACAAAGAAGGAGAAGCAUCAGAUUACGGAAAUCUAGGAACUGUGUUUGAAUCUGUUGGUCAAUAUACCAAGGCCGAAGAAUACCUUCAGAAAGCACUAGUGAUCAGGAAAGAAAUCGGUUGCAAAGAAGGAGAAGCAUCAGAUUACGGAAAUCUAGGAACUGUGUUCAAAUCUGUUGGUCAAUAUGCCAAGGCUGAAGAAUACCUUCAGAAAGCACUAGUCAUCAGGAAAGAAAUCGGUGACAGAAAAGGAGAAGCAUCUGCUUACGGAAAUCUAGGAACUGUGUUCCACUCUCUUGGUGAAUAUACCACGGCUAAAGAAUACCUUCAGAAAGCACUAGUGAUCAAACAAGAAAUCGGGGACAAAAAAGGAGAAGCAUCAGAUUAUGGAAAUCUAGGAGCGGUGUUUUCAUCUGUUGGUCAAUAUACCAAAGCAAUAGAAUACCUUCAAAAAGCACUACUGAUCAGCAAAGAAAUCGGUGACAGAAAAGGAGAAGCAUCAGAUUACGGAAAUCUAGGAAAGGUGUUCCAAUCUGUUGGUCAAUAUACCAAGGCUAAAGAAUACCUUCAGGAAGCACUAGUGAUCAAACAAGAAAUCGGUGACAAAGAAGGAGAAGCAUUUGCUUUCGGAAAUUUAGGAACUUUGUUUGAAUCUGUUGGUCAAUAUACCAAGGCUGAAGAAUACCUUCAGAAAGCACUAGUGAUCAGGAAAGAAAUCGGUGACAAAGAAGGAGAAGCAUCAGAUUACGGAAAUCUAGGAACUGUAUUUUUAUCUGUUGGUCAAUAUUCCAAGGCUGAAGAAUACCUUCAAAAAGCACUAGUGAUCAAAAAAGAAACCGGUGAUAAAAAAGGAGAAGCAUCUGCUUUGGGAAAUCUAGGAACUGUGUUUUCAUCUGUUGGUCACUAUACCAAGGCUGAAGAAUGCCUUCAGAAAGCACUAGUGAUCAGGAAAAUAAUCGGUGACAAAAAUGGAGAAGCAUCAGAUUACAUAAAUCUAGGAGCGGUGUUUUCAUCUGUUGGUCAAUAUACCAAAGCAGAAGAAUACCUUCAAAAAGCACUGACGAUCACAGAAGAAAUCGGUGACAAACGUGGUGUUGGAGCUUCAUACUUAAAUCUGGGAAAACUUUGCCCAGAAUUUCAGCUUAAUGCGAAGAGUCAAGAAUUUGUUAAUAAAGCACUUGAGAUAAGUUACGAAAUAGGGGACAUUGAAAUGCAGUUUAACAGCCACCUUACCAUUGCUCUGCACGCGUUAGUGGCAGGAGGAAGCAUAACUGAACUUCUUCGAAAUCUGUAUGCAAGCAUUCAGAAGUGCGAAGAAAUGCAUGAAUUUUUAAUGGUGAAAGAUCAAUUCAAAAUUUCUUUUUUCGAUGAGCAUGUGUCCCCUUACCUUCUUCUUUGUAGGUUAUUGAUUGCUACAGGCAGUUAUUAUGAAGCUCUUUACGUUGCCGAGCUUGGACGGUCCAGAGCACUUGCAGACAUCCUUUCAGAUAUGUACUCUGUUGAAAAAGAGGUAUCAGUCAACCCACAGUCAUGGAUUGGUAUUGAGAAUAUCAUGGACAAAAAUGCACUUAGUUCUUGUCUUUAUGUUUCCUGCUUUGGUGAUAAUAUGUAUUUUUGGAUUCUUAAGCCAAACAAAAUCGUGGUGUUUCGAAAAACGAAACUGAAAGAAAGUGCAGAUCAAGUGUUUGGAAAUGAAGAAAUUGGUGGUUCUCGAGAAUUGCGUCAAGAACAAUGCGAAGAUCGAUCAUUCUUCUCUUCAUACGAAAGCUCCUUGGCUAAAUGCCGUGCACCUCAGGAGGGCGGCACUGCAACUGAGGAUAAAGACACUCCAUCCCUGGGUGAUUGUUACAAUAUGAUCGUUACUCCUGUAGUUGAUUUACUCGAGGAACCAGAAAUCAUCAUUAUUCCUGAUCCCUUGUUGUACAGAAUUCCUUUUGCUGCAUUAACGAAUGACAAAGUUAAGGGAGAAACAAAGUACCUAUCAGACACACAUAGGAUUCGUAUUGUCCCUUCCUUGACGACUCUAAAGUCGAUUCAGCUCAGUUCUUCCGACUACCAUAGUGAAACAGGUGCGCUGAUCGUAGGAGACCCAGAAGUUCGUGAUGUAUACUACCAAGGAGAACUUCUGGAAUUGGACCCAUUGCCUUGGGCAAGAAAGGAAGCACAGAUGAUUGGGCGACUGGUUGGUGUUAAGGCUUUGGUGGGAAAUGAUGCAAGAAAGCAGACAGUCCUAGAAAAAAUGCCGUCAGUAAGUCUCAUUCACCUUGCUGCUCAUGGUGAUGCCGAACGUGGAGAAAUCGCUCUUUCUCCUAUAAACUCGUGCGGUACUCGUCACGAAGAAGACUACUUAUUGACAAUGGCUGAAAUUUCACAAGUUCGACUGACAGCCAAGCUGGUUGUUCUCAGCUGCUGUCACAGUGCAAGUGGCCAGAUUAGAGCUGAGGGAGUUGUUGGAAUCGCCCGAGCAUUUCUAGCAUCAGGUGCACGCGCCGUGCUGGCAACACUGUGGGCUAUAGAUGACGAAGCUACUAUGCAGUUCAUGAAUCGUUUUUACGAGCUCCUUGUUCAUGGUGAAAGUGCAAGUGAAUCGCUUCACCGGGCCAUGAAGUGGAUGAGGGAGAAUAACUUUUCUGACGUCAGGCUGUGGGCGCCGUUUAUGCUGAUUGGAGAUGAUGUGUCAUUUAAAGGUUUGUAUUUGAUACCGUUUUAGGUUUUUUUAGCUAUUUUGAGUCAAAAUCUGUGAAAUUGCAUGGUUUUGAAAAUUGUAUUACGGGAGUUAAUCACCCUUUUUAUCAUCGUUUUUGAAGAACAUUUGGUAAAGCAUGCUCUGAUCUGGGGCCCGUUUCUUGAAAGGCCCGGCAACCUCUCGGGUCCGAAGGCAAAUUUUGAAAUCAAAACCUGUUUAAUAAUAGUAGCACAGUUCCUAGCUAACAAAGCGGCCAGUUUGGCUUUAUUACUCUUUUGAGUAACCGAUAGUUUCAUUGUAUCGAUUUCAAAAUUAAUGAAACUUUGAUCUUGAAUGCAAAGACGGCAAACAUAAAACAGCUUUUUGGGCCCGAAAACUUUUCGGGACUUGGCUUUUAAGAAACGGGCCCCUGUUUACACAAUAACUAAUUAAAAUAGACUAGAUCAAAUGAAAAUAUAGAAAGCGACAAAGUUUUUAAGUCAUAGAGAAGAAAAGUAAGUGUAAAACAUACGUUUUCUUGAGGGUGUACCUGACAAAAGGAAAGCGUUGCAUGCAUUUUAAAACGAUUCUUCCGGGGGAACCAGAACAAGCUCAGUGCGACAGAAUAAUUAAAAAGCGGGCGGGAGUUAACAAGCAGAGUGGAAGAUCCCGUGGGUACUUAAUCUAGCCCAGGAAGCUUAAGGAGCAUUUGAUUUCGUUACUUCUAUUUUAUGCAGAUAUUUUUCGGGCAAAUGCGCAAAGAGCAACAACUCCUUUGUCGUUUUCAUGUGUUUAACGGAAUGAUUUUUGUCAUCAACCGCAUCUUAUUUUGCUAGUUCCGCGGGGAAGUCGUAAAGUCAGUUUGCCCCCAAGAAAACAAUUAAGUCGACUCAUCUGAAUUUUACUCGGUAAAGUAUUUACGGGGAAAAGGCCAGUGAGGCUGUCAGUUUUAUAGAAUAAUAAGAGGAUAUAGAGGAAAAUACUAACACAAAGACACCAAUAUAGUGCAAAAAUGUAUCAGUCAUCCCGAAUCAAUGAUAAAAAAAUGCUUUUUCGGGAAAUAAAAAAAAGACAUUGUUUCCAUGAGUUUUAGCUGUUCAUGUACUCACGGGCGUGCGUGUGUAUAUGGACGCUACGCUCCUGGAUAUCAAUCUCCUGCUUCAUGAUAUAUGAUAAGUAUGCAAAUGUAAAACAGAGGAAAUUAUAAUCAAAUAGCAAUUAAGAUGAAAGUGGUCCGGUGGGCCUUUUAAUUCUAGCGUAUAAAUGCGGUUUCCUGCGAGUGUAAAAGUCUUGCGACCCGUUUGACUUUUGAAAAAAAUCUGUGUUAAAGACAUUCAAGUACAAAAUACGUGUAAUGAGCAACAGAAAAAGACGCAUGUUGAUCGAUGGCUAAAACAAAUCGUGCAAGAAUACACGCGAAAGUGAACCGUCAUGAUCAGUUUUUUCUAUUUGCAGGUGCCUUUGAUAAGAGCAGUUCUGCAGAUGACGAAGGAGCUCCGGAAACAAAGAACCUGUGA